AUGAACCACCACCGGCGCACCACCUGUAUCUCUCCCAAAGGUUCCUUUAUCAAUAGGAAAGUCAUUAACUCUGGUGCCAGUGCUUCAAAUUACUUUAAGGUUUUGAACAAAUCAGUAAGAAGAACAUGGUCCCACCAACAUCAAUGGAAUGUUUUGCCUCCAAUAAACAAGCUAUUAGAAUGGGUCAAUUUCAAUAUAUUGACCAAUUUGGAGAAUCAUUUAUGCCCAGCUUUAUCAGAUGCUGGUCAAGUUAAUCCUACAGCUCUGGUCAAUUUGUGUCAAUUUGAUGACCACGUGUUUGCUUCACUGUUUUCUGGUCCAAUCAUAUUCAGAUUUGUGUACAUGGUCGCAGCCACCCGUAUACCACACACCCACCGCCUUCAUCUCUAUCUUUCAAGAAACACCUACUCCUCCACCUUGUCUCUUCUGUUUCUUCUCCACCCAUCACCGCUUCCUCCACCGAUCCUUUUCUUCCACUUUCGAUUGUAUUUUCAUUGUGUUCCACUUAUACCGCCAUCUUCCCUCUAA